UAUUCCGUCCAGUUCGAUCGGCGACGGGAGCGGAGAAAGGAAAGCAGAGAGCCCGAAGGCAGUAGCCCCCACCUCCGCCGGCCCAGGUUACCAUCUAGCACCGGGAGAAAACACACUAGAGAGCCACCGCCGGCUUUACCAACAGGACACCACCAUGAGCAGCGAGGCCGAGACACAGCAGCAGCCGCCGAAGCCUGACGCCGACGAGGAGAGCCCAUCCAGCCCGGCAGCCUCAGCUACCGCGGGGGAUAAGAAGGUCAUCGCAACAAAGGUCCUGGGGACAGUGAAAUGGUUCAAUGUAAGGAAUGGCUAUGGAUUCAUCAACAGGAAUGACACAAAAGAAGACGUCUUCGUACAUCAGACUGCAAUCAAGAAGAAUAACCCAAGAAAAUACCUUCGCAGUGUAGGAGAUGGAGAGACCGUGGAGUUUGACGUGGUUGAAGGGGAGAAGGGUGCCGAGGCAGCCAAUGUGACCGGACCAGGCGGUGUGCCCGUACAGGGCAGCAAAUACGCAGCCGACAGGAACCGUUACAGGCGCUAUCCACGCAGGAGGGGCCCACCACGUGACUUCCAGGACAACUACCAGAGUGACGAGGGAGAAAAGAGGGAGGAAGGGGAGAGCGCUGGCGAGGGUGAGCAGCAGCAGCAGCGCAAACCCGCUUACCCCAGGCGACGCUACCCACCAUACUACGUCAGGAGGCGCUUUGGCCGCAGACCUCCUUACAACAACUCUCAGCCUAGGGCAGAGCUGACCGAGGGUGGGGAAGGAGAUGAUAACCAAGCUGGACAAGAUCAGGGCAACAAGCCAGUGAGGCAGAACUACUACAGAGGCUACAGACCAAGGUUCAGACCACGAGGUCCACCACGUCCCCGGCCAGCACGGGAAGAAGAGGAGGAUAAAGAGAACCAGGGCGAGGAUGGCCAGAACCAAGAACCGCGUCAGCGUCGUUAUCGCCGCAACUUUAACUACCGCCGUAGACGGCCUCAGACCACCAAGCCCCAGGACGGCAAGGACAGCAAAGAGGCUGAAGCAUCAACCGAGAAAUCAGCCGCUCCCGAAGCCGAACAAGGUGGAAACGAGUAAAUCAACCGCCGCCGGCUUCACCAUCUUGCACCAUCCUGCCGGCUUUGUCAACAACGAGAAACAUCGAAGAUCUGAGCAAUAAAGAUUUGACCUGAUGAUCGUCUAAGCUUGCAACAUGCAUUCGACCAGAUUACCACCGAUUGCCUGCAGAAUCUAUGCAGCUCUGUUUUUGGUUUUUCCAUUAUUUUUGUGACAGCUAAAAGUUUUGGGGAAACAGCAGAUGUUUUUCUAAAUCGGUCUUAAGUUUUUACACCAAAUGGUUUUUAAAAAAGUAAUUUGAUAUCUGGUCAGUUUGACAUUUUUAAAAUGACUUUUUAUGUAUUCAAACAUGAAUUUUAACAAAAGGCAAGCUCAAAAUAAAAAAAAGCAAAGACGAA